AUGGCGAAGGGCAGCAUGAGCCAGACCAGCACCACGGCCGGCAACAGGGGCGGUGGUGGCCGAGGCGGCAGCACCGCGCCUCCCGCAGCGGCCCUCCGGAGGCGAACCGCGGGGCGGACCUCGAGCGGUACGGGAGGCCCCAGCGGCGGUGGAAUGAGCCGCGUGUCGCAGGGGUUAAUGAACUUCUACACGGACGACUCUCCGGGGCUCAAGAUCCCGCCGGUGGUGGUCGUGAUCAUGAGCCUGGGCUUCAUUGGAUUUGUGACACUGCUGCACGUGAUCGGAAAGGUGCGUGGAGCGUAG